AUGAAGCAAAGGUUUUCGUCUAUUGACGUGAAGGUCAUCGCCCACGAACUUGCAAAUGCCUUGGUUACCUUGCGUGUCUCUAAUAUUUACGACCUCUCAUCGAAGAUUUUCUUGGUGAAGUUCGCAAAACCAGACAAUAAGCAGCAGAUCCUUAUAGAUUCGGGCUUUCGAUGCCAUCUCACCGAUUUCUCUCGAGCAACUGCAGCUGCUCCUAGUGUAUUCGUACAACGACUAAGGAAAUACUUAAAGACAAGACGGGUGACGCAAGUUUCCCAAGUCGGGACGGAUCGUAUAAUUGAAUUUAAAUUCAGCGAUGGACAAUACAGGUUGUAUUUGGAGUUUUAUGCCGGCGGAAAUGUCAUUCUCACAGACAAGGAGCUAAACAUCCUAACCUUGCUCCGAGUGGUCGAUCCGGGAGAGGCUCAAGAAGAAUUACGUGUGGGACUCAAAUACUCUUUGGAUAAUCGACAGAAUUAUGGAGGAGUGCCAGAUCUGACGAAAGAACGCCUUCAAGAAGCUUUACAAAAGGGAGUAGACAAGGGAGAGGAUAAUUCCGGAAAGAAGAAAAAGAAAGCUGGGGAUGCGUUACGAAAAGCUUUAGCUGUGUCCAUUACAGAAUUUCCUCCGAUGCUAGUGGACCAUGCGAUGCGUAUUACAAAUUUCAAUUCUUCUCUCAAGCCGGCCGAAGUUUUGCAGAGCGAAGACCUUUUAGAUCAUUUGAUGAGAUCACUUCAAGAAGCCCAACGAGUUGUUCAAGAGAUAACUAGCUCCGAAACUUCCAAAGGCUUCAUCAUAGCGAAGAAGAAAGAUUCUCAGACUACAUCAGAUGACAAUCAGGCCGACGAUCAAAAGGGCUUACUUUAUGAUGAUUUUCAUCCAUUCAAACCACGACAAUUUCAGGACGAUCCAACAUUGGUCUUUUUAGAAUCUGAGGGGUUCAACAAAACUGUGGACGAGUUCUUCUCCUCAAUCGAAGGACAGAAGCUCGAAUCACGACUCGAAGAGAGAGAAUUAAAUGCCAAAAAGAAGAUCCAGGCGGCAAGAAAUGAACAAGCCAAACGUCUAGGCGGUUUACAGGAAGUUCAGGCACUCAAUGAACGUAAAGCGGGUGCUUUGCAAGCUAAUUCUGAACGGGUCCAAGAGGCAAGAGAUGCUGUCAACGGCCUGAUUGCGCAAGGUAUGGAUUGGUUCGAAAUUGGACGUUUGAUCGAAUUGGAACAGAAACGCAAUAACCUGGUAGCUUCGAUGAUUAAAUUGCCUCUGAAACUUGACGAGAACACAGUAACACUUUUAUUGGAUGAGGAAGUCUUCAACGAAGAGGAAGACUCGACCUACGAGACUGACAGCGAUGUGUCCGAAAGCGAGGAUGAGGAGAAGACUGCCAAAAUCACUAAAAGGAAGGAGAAGGUUGUAGACACCCGACUCUCGAUUGAUAUUGAUCUGUCCUUGUCACCUUGGGCGAAUGCACGCAACUACUUUGAUCAAAAACGUUCAGCAGCAGCAAAAGAGGACAAGACCUUGCAAUCAUCUUCAAAGGCGUUGAAGAGCACCGAAGCGAAGAUUGCACAGGAUCUAAAGAAAGGCUUGAAGCAAGAAAAGGCUAUUUUACGGCCUGUGCGGAAACAGAUGUGGUUCGAAAAAUUUAUUUGGUUCAUAUCUAGCGAUGGGUAUAUGGUACUCGCAGGUAAAGAUGCUCCACAGAGUGAGAUCCUGUACAAGAGAUAUCUUAAAAAAGGAGAUGUAUAUUUGCACGCAGAUAUACAGGGUGCGGCAUCCGUUAUUGUCAGGAACAAUGCAAAGACACCGGACGCCCCAAUUCCUCCGCAAACCCUUAGUCAAGCAGGCACUUUAGUAGUUGCUAUGUCAAGUGCUUGGGAUUCGAAAGCUGGUAUGUCUGCUUGGUGGGUGACAGCAGACCAAGUGUCAAAAUCAGCUCCUACCGGGGAAUUUCUACCAGCUGGUAGCUUCAUGACCAGAGGGAAGAAAAACUUCUUGCCUCCUGCUCAACUCCUCCUUGGUUUUGGUGUUCUGUUUCAGAUCAGCGAUGAGAGUAAAGCUAGACAUGUCAAACAUAGACAUCAAGAUGAUGAACCACAGGGCGGCUCGACCGAAGAUGCUAUGCCUGUUGGUGGCUCUAUCCUCGACGAUGAAGGCACUGAGGACGAGUUGAACCAAUCUGACGAAGAUGAGCCAAAUCCUGCAAAAGACGCCGGGGAGGUUGAGCAUCAAGACAAUGAUGAUUCAGACGAAGACAACGCCGACUUGAAGUCCAAUCCUCUACAGGGAGAAUCAGAGCCAGACCACGAAGCAGCCCCACAAGAGGAGCUUGAAAAUAUGCAAAUCAAAGAUGUGGACCCUCAGCAAUCGAGUUCUGAGCCACAAGCAGAGCAAUCAGGUGAGGAUUUUGUUGAGGAUUCGCAGUCUACUACCAUUGGCACAAAAGCAGCAUCCGUUCGAAGUUCACCAAAGAAAGGUCCUGCGCCAGUCAAGCGAGGUAAGAAGGGAAAGGCCAAGAAAAUCGCACAGAAAUACAAGAACCAAGACGAGGAAGAUCGCAUAGCUGCUCAAGAAAUCGUCGGAGCCGCUGCUGGCCAAGAAAAGGCCCAGGCCGAAGUGAAAGCUAAAGCGGAUCUGGAAGCCGAAUUUGCUUUUCAGAAGGAACGUCGACGAGUACAACAUCAAAGGACGCAGAGAGAAACGGCAGAGCACGAAGAGAUUCGCAGAUUGAUGCUUGAGGGAGAUAUCGAUACUUCUGAAGAUAACGAAGCAGAGAAAAUGACAUCCUUGGAUGCAUUUGUGGGUUCUCCUUUGCCAGGAGACGAAAUCCUAGAGGCAAUUCCAGUCUGCGCACCAUGGGCCGCAAUGGGAAAGUAUAAGUACAAAGCGAAGAUCCAACCAGGUACCCAAAAGAAAGGCAAGGCUGUUAGAGAAAUUCUUGGGAAAUGGAUGGCAGCCACGAGUUCCAAGGGCGCGUUGGAUGAAACGAGUACAGAUACCGAAAGAAUAUGGCCAAGGGAAAUGGAUUUAAUCAAAGGAUGGAAGCCUGAAGAGACCACAAAUGUCGUACCUGUCGGGAAAGUAAGAGUUUUGAUGGCUGGUGGAUCAGCAGGUCCGUCUGGUGCAAAAGGAGACAAAGGAAAGAGUAGUGGGGGUAGAGGCGGCAAAGGGAGUAAGAAGAGAUAG